CCGCGCGUCUGGGGCUCUGGGGCAGCCGCGGCCGCCGCGCGCCGCCCUGUUGUACAAGGCCUUUGAGGCUCUGCCCAGCGCACUGCUUCCGGUUGCAUCCGGCGCGGCACCCACGCACUCGUCUGGGAGGGGGACCCUUAUCACAAUCCCUACCCGCGCUAGGCGGCCCUUCUGGGCCCUAGGUCGCGCUCCAGUCAGUUAGUUGGAGCCAAGCUUUAAGAGAGGACGGACCUCAUACCUCCUCGGACGAGCCUCCCAGGACGUGUGUGCUGCUGCCAAGCCGGACCGACUUCUAGCCCCUCCGCCCUUCCGGCUCAGCACCAUGGCGCCCGCCAGGAGGGCCGCCGCGGCCGCCCCCGAGGCCGUGGACAGGGUGCUGCUGCAGAUCGGCAAGCUGGGCAAGUUUCAGGUCGCCAACUUCCUCGUCGUCAACAUGCCCAUCCUGUUCGUGGCGAUCUACAUGAUAGCUUACGUGUUCACGGCUCAGGAUCUCAACUACAGAUGUCUGAUCCCCGAGUGCGAGACGGCGGACGCCGCCGCCUACGCGCCCCCGUGGCUCCCCGAGGCCAUCCCCGUAAACGACGGGAGCCCCGAGGAGUGCGUCCGCUUCGUGCACAACAACAGCAGCAGCGACGGCAACGGCACCUGCAGCGCGGACCUCUUCGACACGACCCGCACCGAGCGAUGCGGCGCCUGGGUCUACGAACCGGGCCAGCGCAACACCAUCCUGAACGAGUGGGACUUGACUUGCGACGACAACAAGUGGAAGCUCGCGCUGGUGGGCUCCAUCGGGUCCUUGGGCGGGAUGGUCGGCAUGCCCCUGGCGGGCUUCUUGUCGGAUAGGUAG